AUGGAUAUGGAUGCAGUGGGAUACACAAAGCUUCAGUGCCUGCAAGGACUGCAUUUCCUUCAUUGCCGCCAAGUCAUCCACAGAGACAUCAAAAGCGGCAAUGUUCUUGUGGGCAUGGAUGGAUCCGUCAAGCUGGCUGACUUUGGCCUUUGCGCUCAGCUCAGCCCUGAGCGCAGCAAGCGCAGCUCCAGCGUCGGCACUCCCAGCUGGAUGGCACCGGAGGUAGUGAGAGGAGAAGCCUACGGCCCCAAAGUGGACAUCUGGUCCCUGGGGAUCAUGGGGCUGGAAAUGGUGGAAGGGGAAGCUCCUUACCAGCGGGAAGCCCGUCUCAGGGUUUUUGAACUGAUAGAAAGGAACGGGCCCCCAAAACUGCAGAACCCCAAGCACCACUCGGCUCUCCUGCGCGACUUUCUCCGCUGCUGCCUGCAGGCAGACGAGGACAGGCGCUGGUCUGCCCAGGAACUCCUGCAGCAUCCCUUUGUGACCUCAGGCGAUCCUGCCUCCAGCCUGGCUGCUCUGAUCACCUCAGCCAAGCAAGUGCAGGAAGACUGGGGAGGAGACGCCUGCGCCUGA